AUGUCGAAGAAGCCUCCAAAGGGCGAGUAUAUCGAGACAGAAACGGGCAACAAGGUCUCUCGUCGCGGACAGCUAGUCGGCACAACGAACAUCAUCCUCGGGGGAAAGAGCGUCAUCCAAGCCGAAGUAGUCAUCCGGGGCGAUCUCACGCGGGAGAAGCAGCAGGGUCAGGGGAAUCAGGUCGCGAUUGCUAUCGGGCGGUAUUGCAUCUUUAGUCGGGCCUGUGAGUUGAGGCCGCCGGGGAAAUUAUAUAGAGGGACCUUCUCCCACUACCCCCUCAAAAUCGCCGACCACGUCUUCGUAGGCCCGUCCUCCAUCAUCGAAGCUGCCCUCAUCGGUAACCACGUAAACAUCGGCGCCAAUUGCGUGAUAGGCAAGUUUGCGAUCAUCAAAGACUAUGUGCGCGUUUUGGAUGGCACGGUUGUGCCGCCGAAUAUGGUGAUUCCGAGUUUUAGCAUUGUUGCGGGCAGGCCGGCGCAGGUUGUGGGGGAAAUUGCGGAGGGCGAGGUGGAUGGAUUUGAUUUGAGGGAGGCUUAUAGGGCGGUUAGGAAUUAG